AUCAUUACAAAUAAAUUUAUUUUCAAUUGCAACUAAUUAAUAUUUAUUUCUCAAAAUGGGAUAAACUUGUACAAUGAACACAUGUUGUAAAAAGGAAGAGAUUUAUACUUUACGAAAUUCUGGAUUAUCUCUCGAGAUCUAAAUUAAAAAGUCAAUACCUUCCCAAUAAAUUAAUAAAGAAUAGGAAAAAGUGGAGGAUAAAAAAUAAAAAAAGAAAAGUGAUACUGUUUCUGAUUUAAUGGUUUCCUCAUAACAUAGUAAGGUGUCAAUAAAGCAAAUCGAAAAGAAUCUUCCUAUUCAAAAUCAAGAUGCGAACUAAAAUCCUCUAAUAAAAAAGAGUAUGGCAACCAAUGAGAGAAUUAAACUUCCAGUAAAAAUGUAAAGUUUAACUAGUAAAUAUUCUUGGCAAAUGGCUCAUCUUAUGAGGGAGAAUGGCUUCAAGGGAAGAGGGAUGGUUAUGGCAAAUAAUCUUGGCCAGACGGCUCAAUUUAUGAAGGGGAAUGGAAAGAUGAUAAAUCUUGCGGAAAAGUAAAAUUAAAUAUAAUUAAAAAUAGGGAAAAUUAAUCCAUGCAGAUGGAGAUGUGUAUGAUGGAGAAUGGGUUGAUGAUGCUGCAAAUGGAUUAGGCAUCUACAUUCAUGUGAACGGAGCAAAAUAUCAAGGAGAGGUAAAGGAUUUAAAACAUUAGAAAGUGGCUAAAUGAUAGUCAACAUGGAAGAGGAAGAGAGACUUGGCCAGACGGAGCCAUUUAUGAAGGAGAGUAUUAGUUUGGGAAGAAGCAUGGUAAAGGGAAAUUGAAUUUUGCAGAUGGUUCAUGUUAUUAAGGUAGGUCUAAGAUAUGAUAUUUAGGCGAAUUUUCAAAUAAUGAAAUCUAAGGUAUUGGAAAUUAUCAAUGGUCAGAUGGGAGGUCGUAUAUUGGAUAAUGGAGUAAAAAUAAAAUGCAUGGCAAGGGAGAUAUAAAGUGGUUGGAUGGGAGACAAUAUACUGGAGUAUUUUAGUUUGAAUAAGUUAGGAAUACGAAAACGAUAAGAAACACGGUAAAGGAGUGUUUAUUUGGUAAGAUGGAAGGAAAUAUAUUGGAAUUUGGUAGGGAGGCAAAUAACAAGGAGUUGGAAUUUAUUAUUCGACGGACAAUGUAAUGAGAAUUGGAGAGUGGGCAGAAGGAAAGAGAGUUAGAUGGUUUAAUAAAGAAGAGAUAAAUGAUUUAGAAAGAAAAGGUGUUCUAGACGAACUGAGAAAUUAAUGA